CGAUACCAGAUCCCACACUGUUAAACGCGCGGCUUCGAAACACCCUCGUCGAAUCCCGUUCCCUGCCUUUAACCCUCCUCCAUUACGCUUCCCCUUCUCUCCUGCAACAACGAGUGAAAAAUAGGAAAAUUAAGUGUUUCUGAUAAAGAUAUAGAAAAAGAGAGAGAGGCAGAGCAAGGGGGAGAAAAGAGACAGAGAGGGAGAGCGAAAGAGACGUUGCCAAGUGCCGCCGCGUCGUCGUCGUCGUCUGCUCGCUCGCCCCUGACGUCCCUCCGGCACCGCAGUCCCGCGUUCCUUGUCCCGAGGAGAGUCACGUUCCCUCUCUCCUGGCCUCGCGCAGAGUCACGUUCGCCAGCACUUCUUGCGCGAAGAAAGGUGUCGCAGGUGGUCAGUCGGUUCGCAAUUGCUCCACGCGGAUGGGCUCCUUGUGAUACUUGCGCCUGCCGGAAACAGCCUAGAGAUUUUAUAGAGAUAGAUAGAAAUAAGUAAUAAAAGGGUCUCGCCAUGUCAGGUCGCACGAAUGCUAGCGGGGUUGCCGACGCCGGGGCGAAAGCCGACAGUAUUAGACAAAGAACACUGCAUGAAAGUAGUGACCAGGGCUGCUUACCUGUGCAUAAUGGAGUCCUUCCGUCAGAGGAAAAAGUUCCCCAAAAACAGAGCGGAAGCCAGUGCUCCCUGCACGUUUGGUCCCGAAAGACCCUUCUCAACAGAAAGGACAUUCCUAAACACCUGCAGUUCAACCCAUACAUCGAGACCGGCUACCGACCUUUGCUCUCUGCUUGGGGGUGCAUCAUGAGUCUCUUCUACUUUCACAAUGAGACCAUCAACAUCAUAACUCACGGCGUGCCCAUGCUGUAUAUCCUGCUGCGAUGGAGGACGCUGCUGCCCUGGUCUGAGAUCACCGUCCCGCUCCUGCCCUGGACUCACCUGGUGUCCACCGUGAGUCCCUGGGUCGGAUCCACCAUCUACCACCUGUUCAUGAACCACCGCGCUGGGGAGAGCUGCUACAAGUCCCUGCUCCACCUGGAUAUGUUCGGCAUCUGGAUUACGCAGAGUUUUGGAGCGCUGACGACGGUCUACGCCUCGGUCUUCUGCCUGAGUGAGACUCUGAUCUGGAAGGUCCUGGUCGUCUACUGCUUAGUGUCCCUCUGGUGUCUCUACAAGGCAUCCCAUGCACGCAACCCCUGGGAGCGCCGCUUCUGCUUCACACUGCCCUUCCUCAUGCGCGCUGCCUCGGCUACCCUGAGGGUGACCAUGUGGGGUGGCGGACACCCUGACGCCUUCAGGCACAUCAUCUUGCAGGACUUGUUAGCAGUACUAGGUGGAUUUGUUGGAGCUCUGCGCGUUCCAGAGAAGUGGAUCCCAGGGCGCCUUGACCUCUUGGCCAACUCCCACCACAUCAUGCAUGUCGUGGUGGUAUAUGCUGUGUACCAUCUCCACCAGGGAGCAGUGCUGGAUAUGGUCUGGUUAUCAAGGAACUCAACCUGCUCUCUAGUGCAGAGUGAAGCUAUGCUGUAGAGGCCGUUUGCUGUUAUAUCAAAUAUUGCCGACCUCAUCAACCAUAAUCCCAUCAUGCCACAAGCAAAGGCUUUUGGAUAUAUUUCCCAUGUUGCUGUGGCAGCACACCAAUGUGAUUCAUGAGUUUUCUCUUUUGGCAGCUUUUCUAUCACAGGCAGUGAAGUGUAUACAUUUAGUUAUCAUGUGGUAAGGAUUUCGUUGGGAAAUGCUCUUUGACUGCACUGACUUUUCCUUGUUUACAUAUCGUGUGUGUGUGCUGUCACGCUCUCGUGGAAUUUUACACUCAUCUGCGUUAAAAAGUUGGUAAAGUGAAGCUUGCACUUCUCUGACUAGUGUUGUAUGAUUACAUUUCACCUCAAAGACAAAUUUCCAUAAUCUGUUGGCAUAACAGUGUUAGUCCAAGGUUGUUUAGUGAUAAGAGACCCUACGAGCCAUAGUCACUAGUCCUUAUAAUCAUUCCUUAGGUGACCAACAUGUACCUUGCACAGCAGCAGAUCCAGAGCACUACGUAGAAACUCUUUCCAACUUGGGUGCAUAAAUUAUAUGUGAAGGUUUACAUGUCUCUUUCUCUUUAUAUUUGUGCAUAC